GGCGCCCGAGAGAGGCAGCACAGAAGCUGGGCCCCUCUGUGCUCGCCGCGCCGCAGACCGGGAAGAUGAAGUUCACCGUCAGCGCCCUGCUGGCCUGCGGAGUCCUGGGGCUCUGUCUGGCUACCUCUGACCAACUUGUGAAAUGGUGCACCACGUCAAAACCGGAGAUGGACAAAUGCACUGAUAUGAAAGGGGUCCUUCCGGUCACUUGUGUGAGGACCACCUCCUACUACGAGUGCAUCCAUGCCGUGUCGGAGAAGCGCGCAGAUGCCGUGACUCUUGAUGCAGGCUGGGUGUACGAGGCCGGCUUGGCCCCCCACAACCUGAAGCCUGUCGUGGCAGAGUUCCACGGGUCCAAAGACGACCCCAAAACCGGGUAUUUUGCUGUGGCUGUGGUGGCCAAGGGCAGCGGCUUCCAGUUCAACGAGCUCCAGGGGAAGAAGUCCUGCCACACCGGGCUAAGCAGGUCCGCCGGCUGGAACGUCCCCAUCGGCAGGCUUCUCUGCAGCUUGCCGGAGCCCCGAGUGCCCAUCGAGAGUGCAGUGGCCAACUUCUUCUCUGCCAGCUGUGUCCCCUGCGCGGAUCGGAAUAGGUUCCCCAAGCUGUGUCAACUGUGUGCAGGGCCAGAGAAGUGUGCCUGCAACUCUCACGAACGAUAUUACGGCUACUCGGGCGCCCUCAAGUGUCUAGAGGAAGGUGCUGGAGAGGUGGCCUUUGUCAAGUAUGAGACCAUACUUGAGAACCUGCCAAACAAGGCCGACAGGGACAAGUAUGAGCUGCUCUGCCCGGACAACACCCGGAAGCCCGUGGAUGAAUACAAGGAUUGUAACCUGGCCUGGAUCCCGUCUCACGCCGUGGUGGCGCGCAGCGUGGAUGGCAAGGAGGACUUGAUCUGGAGCGUUCUCAAUGAAGCACAGGAGAAAUUUGGCAAAGAGCAGUCAGGAGGCUUCCAGGUCUUCAGCUCCCCUCACGGGAAGAACCUGAUGUUCAAGGAUUCUGCCACAGGGUUCCUCCGAGUCCCCGCUGGGAUGGAUGCCUGGCUGUAUCUGGGAUUUGAUUACGUCACUGCCCUUCGCAAUAUAAAGGAAGGCAAAUGCCCUGAGGCUGAAUGCAGUAAGGUGAAGUGGUGUGCCGUGAGCCACCAGGAGAGGGCCAAGUGCGAUGAAUGGAGUGUUAACAGCGAAGGGAAGAUAGAGUGUGAGUCAGCGGAGACCACCGACGACUGCAUUGCCAAGAUCAGAAACGGAGAAGCUGAUGCCAUGAGCUUGGAUGGAGGCUACAUCUACACGGCGGGCAAGUGUGGUCUGGUGCCUGUCCUGGCGGAGAACUACAACAAAAAUGGCCCUGAUUGUGUCACAGGACCAGAGCCAGGCUACUGGGCUGUGGCCGUGGUUAAGACGUCCAAUCCUGACAUCACCUGGAAUAACCUGAAAGGCAAGAAGUCCUGCCACACGGCAGUGGGUCGGACCGCCGGCUGGAACAUCCCCAUGGGCCUGAUCUACAACGAGACCAAGUCGUGUGCAUUUGAUGAAUUUUUCAGUCAAAGCUGUGCUCCUGGGUCUAAAACCGAUUCCAAGCUCUGUGCUCUGUGUGCUGGUCCACAACCAAACCAGUGUGCUGCCAACAGCAAGGAGAUGUACUACGGCUACACGGGGGCUUUCCGGUGUCUGAUUGAGCGGGGCGAUGUGGUCUUUGUGAAGGAUCAGACGGUCAUGCAGAACACUGGCGGAAAGAACACUGCCGACUGGGCUAAGGACUUGAGCGUGGAAGACUUCCAGUUGCUGUGCCGGGAUGGCUCCCGGAAGGAGGUGAAGGAUGCUGCCACCUGCCACCUGGCCCAAGUCCCAAAUCAUGGUGUGGUCGCACGGAAAGAGAAGGCAGAUUGUGUCCGCCAGGUGCUGCUCAACCAACAGACCCAGUUUGGAAGACAGGGCUCACAGUGCACUACGGGCAAGUUUUGUUUGUUCAAGUCGGAGUCCCAUGACCUGCUGUUCAGGGAUGACACACAAUGUUUGGCUAACCUUCCAGAGAAAACUACCUACCAGCAAUACUUAGGACAAGCAUACAUAACCGCUGUUGGUAAUGUGGCCCAUUGCUCCACCUCAAAACUCCUGGAAGCCUGCACUUUCCACAGAAGUUAAAACCCAAGAGGCGGGACCAUCACCCACACAGAGACAGAGCUUCGCCAACCUGCGGGCGUGGUCCCUGCCGCCUGCCCCGCCCUCCCUUGGUCCUGCGCCCUCUCUGACUAGUCUGAGCUAAUCACAUCUGCCCUUCCACCUCUCUGUGGCCACCUGUGCAGGACUUGAAAUAAAAACGAUCUUUGAAAAGC